UUGGAGCUGGUGUGAGUGCGAGUGUGCAGCCCGGGGGCGAGGUGCCCUGGGCCUGCGUCGGGGGAGAUGGGAAUUGCCCUCGAGCCCUGAGCCGGGCGGCCGGCCGGGGCCUUGGCCAGGCUGCGCAGGGGCGGGCGAGCACGGAGAUGCCGGGCCGCUGUGUGGGGCCCAGCAGGUCCGGGCGCGUAGCCCGGCGGCCUAGGGGGAAGAAAUGGACUGGGACGUCCCGAGGCCGAGGAGGAAGGCGCCGGGCGAGGGCCUCGGUGUGGGGGACACGCUGUGUGAGUGCAGAGAAGCCGCAGGGCUGUCGGCAGCCGUGCGGGGGGAGACGAGCGGCGGAGACAGCCGAGGGCCCUGGGGCGAACGAGGCUUCGAGGACACCGGGCACUGCAGGCUCCACGGAGGCUGCAAAGGACCCUGGGGCUGUGCUGGUGAACGGGGCUGCGGGGGAACCCCAGGUGGUGGGGCCUGCGGGAUCCGUGUGGGUGACCGGCACUGGUGACGAGGAGCAGCCAGCUUACCGGAGUCCGCGGGGCUGUGAGAGGAAAGGCCGCCCGGGAUCGAUGGGGCAUGAGAGCAUUCUGGAGCUGUGGCUGAAGGUGCAGGCUAUGAGGGCCGCUUCCGGGUGUGGGGAAGGAAGCAGAGUGGAGCUCCACCCUGUACCUGCAGGAGAAGGGCCCGUGGAAAGGGGUGUGCCUGGCCGAGCUUCGUGGGUAGAGACCAGCCGUCGGGGUCUCACAGGACCGUGGGUGGAAGGACAGGUUAGGGCAGUACCCCAGGCCUCAGGAGGACCUACCGCUACUGGCCUACGAGCAGGAUGUGAGAGGCUCUCAGGCUUGCGUGGGCUGGGACAGGCUGUGAGGUUGCCUCCUGGGGGUGUGCCUAGGGCUGCGGAGACAAGUUCUGGGAUUGCCCCACACCUGCUGGGGAGAGGACAAGCUGUGGGGGUGCCUGGAACUGUGGAGGAGAUAGGCUAUGAGGUUGCCCCAGGCCCUUGGGGAAAAGGACCGAUUAUGGGGGUGCCUGGGGCCGUGGGGUGGCCUGAGGCUGUAGAGGGAGAGGUAGGCUGUGGGGGUACUCCAGGUCUGUGGGAGAGAGGGCAGUCAGGACAGGUGCCCGGGGCUCUGGUACAGGAGGCAGUCUCUGGGGAUACCUUAUGGGGGAGGGGCCAGGCUGUGGAGGUACCCAGAGCUGUAGAGGAAACUCCCUCUGUGGGUGCUCCAGGCUUAUGGCCGAGGAGACAAGCUCUGGAGGAGAUAGGCCCUGGGGGUAUUCCUGACCUGUGGGUCUCCAGACAGCCUGUAGGGGUACCUUGUGCUGUUGAAGAGGAAACUAGAUGUGGCGGUGACCCAGGAUUCAGGGAAAGGGGACAGGCUGUGUGGGUAGAGACAGGCUCCGCAGGUGACCCAGGGUCAUGGGAAGUAGCCCAGACUGCGGAGGUAUCUGGUCCAGAGGAGCAGGAGGCAGGUCCCGGGGGAGCACCAGGCCUUUGGCGGGUAGGACAGGCCCUAGGAGUACCUCGGGCCUUGGGGAAGGAGGCAGGCUGGGGGAGCGUGCCGGGUCUGUGGGGAACCGACCAGCCUGGGGGGGUGGCCCAGGCUGGGGUGGUGCCAGGAGCCAUAGGGGAACAGCCGCGUUUCGGUGGCAUCCCAGGCCUGUGGGACAGGCAGCAGGCUCUGGGGGUGCCUCUGGCUGAUGCCGUGCCAGGGGUGGUUGGGGAGGAGACAUGCUGUGAGAAUGUCCUGAGCCUGUGGGAAAGGAGGCAGGCUGUGGGGGAACAGGAGGCUCUGGUGCCUACAGCUUUAGGGGUACCGGGGUCUGUGGGCCAGGAGGCCGGCUAUAGGGAUGUUUCGUGUCUGUGCAGGAGGAGACAGGCUGCGGGCUUGUCUGAGACAGCGGGGAUGUCCGAGGCCUCAGGCGUGCCCAAGCACAGGUGUGCCCCCACAGGGGUACCCGCGGCUCUGGGUGUGCCUGGAUCUGGGAGGGUGCCUGCCGCUGUGUGGGUGUCGGGCCCUAUAUGUCCGGAAAUCAGCUCUAGAGAUGUCUUGAACCUGUGGGAAAGCGUUCACACUGCCGGAACACCCCUGGCUCCUGGGGUCCCUGUGGCUUCCGAGGAACUGUUGGCUGUGAGAGAGAACGCUGGGUCUGCGGCUUUCCCGAGAUUAUGGGGAAGGAGACCGGUGCCCGGGCUUCCGGUGACUGACAGGGUUGCCGUAGCUCCUGAGGUGCCUGGGCUUGCCGGGGAAGAGACUGGCUCUGGGGGUGUCCCAAGGUCUUGGGGAAGGAGACAGAGUGCCGGGGUUCCUGUGGCUGUUGAGGUGCCCGCUGCUCCCAGGGUGCCUUGUCCUCUGGGGGUGGAGACUGGCUCUGGAGGCUUCUCACCCUUGCCAGGAAGGAGACAGACUGCGGGGGUACCUGUGACUGUGGGGUUACCGGGGCCUGUAGAGGAGGAGACCCUCUCUGGGGGUCUCUCGGGCUUAUCAGGAAGAAGACGGACAGCUGAGAUGCCUGUGGCUGCUGGAGUCUCCAUGGCUGUGGGAGUGCCCACAGCGGCUGGCGCUUCUGGGCUGGUGGUGGGUGACACUAGCGCUGGGGAUGUCACUGGUGCAUGGGGAAGGAGACUGGCGAUGGAGAGGCCCACUGCGGCCCGGGCUUCGGGACCUGUGGGCAGGGAGACUGGCUCCGAAGGUGUGCCAGGCCUGUGGAGGAGACCCACUACAGUAGUCCCCGAGGCUGUGAGGGUACCUCUGUCUUUGGGGGUGCUUGCAGGUGUAGGAGUUCCCAUGGCGGGGCACGUGCCUGCUGCGGUGUGGGUGUCUGGGUCUACAGGAGAAGAAACCACUGCUGCUGGCUCGGGCCUCACCCUAGUGACGAGACAGUCUGCAAGGGGACCUGGGGCUUCAGGGGAGCAGACAGGAGGUGGAAGUAUCCUGGGGCUGGCAGGGAGGAGCCAGGCAGCGGGGGUGUCUUACACCCAUGGGCGUGGGACCAGGUCAUGGAGCUGCCCAGGGUCUGUGGGGGAAGAAACAGACUGUGAGAAUGUGUCGGGGACAAGAACGACUAGGGAGGUGAAUGAAGCUGUGGAAGUGUCCUCGGUUUCAAGGGAGGAAAUGGGCAUUGGCCGUUUCCGAGAUCACCCACAGCAGAGAGGGAGGAGACAGCCUGGAGGAGUGUCUGGAAUGAGAGUGAGGGGGGACAAUUUGGGAGAAAAUUGUGUGGGGGAGGACAGAUUGAGGGGGGCAUUCCUGUAG